AUGCCCCUAUUUGAACAAACCAACCAAAAAAAUAAUAAUCAAACCGACAAUUGUGGUUUUGAAAAGCCAACUAACCAAAGUGCUAAUCAAUCAGCCGCCAACCAAUCUAAUCAACCGACCGAAACUAAAUCAACCGGACUGAUGAACAUUAUUGGCCAGUGCUUACCUUUUGCUCCUUUGGUUUUUGAACAGUUUACCGGACAAAAGGUUCCUCAAUUAUCCGGAACUAUGGCCGACAUCCAAAACGCUAUUCAGCAAGUGCAAUUUAGUUUACAGACAGUAGUUAAUAACCAACAACAAUUAAGUCAGCGAAUAACUAGCUUAGAAACUAACGCCAACCAGCAUUUAGCUAAUUUAACCAACCAAUUUAAAUCGCUCAAACUAACUCACACUAAAGAGCAAAAGCAAAUUGAAUUGCAUAGCAAUAACGAAAAUCAAGAAUAUUAA